GCAAUACUGAAGACUCACAAAAUGAGUUGCGGCACCAAAACUUUGAAAGUCUCGUCAUUCCUCCUGGACUUUUUGUGCUGUGUUUUUGGCGCAUUUACAAUUUCCGCAUGCUCCUAUGCCUUGGCUACUUACAGCGGAAGCGAGGCCAUUCGCAUACCCUGCAUUCUGGGCAUUGUGCUGGGAGUUCUCUUAUUUGGCAUCACCAUUCUGGGUUGCAUUGCCGCGCUGCAGGAAAAUAUCAGACUAACUUGGAUUUAUGCAGCAGUAUUAUUCGCUUUAAUUUGCGCACAAAUAACCGUUAUGUUUGUACAACCCAUCAACUUUCCUCUACUGGCCAGCGAGACUAUCGAUAGGGCCUGGCAUAAUCAGCUCUACCUUAAUGGCAGCAUGUCCUACUACGAAAUCAAGUACCACUGCUGUGGCAAAACUGGACCCGACAAUUAUCCGGACAGUGGUCUCAAAAUUCCAGCCAGCUGUUAUUUCAAUCAGAACUCCACAAUACAGGCUGAUCUCUUUCAAUUCGGUUGUAAGGCUCCAUUGGCCGUAGCAUUUUCGAAAGGCACACGUAUGGAGCGCAUCAGCGACUGGACAGUCGUGGGAGUGGAGAUACUCGCAGUUAUAGUUGCUGGCCUUCUGGCGAUUACACUGAGGCACGCGGCUCGUCGUCGCCCAUACCGCUAGUACUUAGAGCUGGUCUAUGGAAAUAAUAACAAUGCAGUAUUGCUAAAAUUCUACUUGCUACUUCCAAGCUACUAGAUACCCGUAAUAUUUAUAAAUGUAUAAUAAAAACUUAUAAUAACUUAA